GUUGAUCAUGGGCUGGCACACCUUAUUCUGCUGUUCCGUCCUGCUGCUGUUUCUGUCCACUGCUUCUUCAUUUCCGACCAUUGAUAAAAUCAGUGGUCUGAGAGGCAUAUGGUACGGCAACAUCUUCCCACGACACGGUCUCCAUCUGCUUUACUGGUUUGUUGACCAAUCAGAGAUCGACAACAACCAUGACAUCAUCCAAACCCAUUUCGAUCCAGCCAGAGGUGACAAUGGCUUUGGUUACUUCAAUAAUAACAACAGUUUCCUCCCAGCUCUGACCGAUCCAAAGAGGCAAGCUUACUACGUAGUGGGGGAUAUCAGUAAGUCUAACUCAUGGGCCUUGCCCGAGUAUGUCACUGAAAACUACUAUAACUCUCUGAAAUCUGGUAACAGAAAUAUGGACAGGAUCGUAGUCAGGGUUGUCCAGGAGAAAGGGUCAAAUAAGUCCAGGUUGGAUAAGGUCUUUGUUACUCAACUUUAUGUGUGGUCCUCUGUAGCUCAGCUGGUAGAGCACGGCGCUUGUAACGCCAAGGUAGUGGGUUCGAUCCCCGGGACCACCCAUACACAAAAAAAAAUGUAUGCACGCAUGACUGUAAGUCGCUUUGGAUAAAAGCGUCUGCUAAAUGGCAUAUUAUAUUAUUAUUAUCUGCUCAACAACCAAUCAAAUUCCUUCCAUCCAAAUCAAACGUACACCAUUAGCUUCAACCUCUUACGAGAAAUCCAGAAGUUACAGAGGAACGACACAUUGGCCGGUUUGGAGGCAUUUCUGAUGCAAGCUGGGUACCAAACGUGCCCGUCGCCCGAAUUUAAGGUCUGUUAUGUGAAGUCUGUCCGAUUCCAAAGGCUUCAGAUGGUGGAAAUGAAAACAGAGGACGAUUGUCACCUGCUGAGGUUUGAAGUCAAACCAGCCGAGAACAGCUACCUGAAAAUGAGCUGGAGCAACCUACCAAAGUCCAUCAAGGGCUCUUACAUGGUGGUGGGGCUUUUCAAGGACGAUGCUAGUCUGACCAAACUAGCCAAGUCCCCCGUCGGUUGUAAGAGGCAUGGAACCUCGGAUGUUUCCGUGGCCCUCAACCCCGGUCUUCAGGUCAGGCUCCUCAUACCUCUCCAGGACAGGACCGAAAGGGAAGUCUGGAGAGGUGCCGUAUUUGACGAUGCGAACAGUUUGAUUCCUGUCAUCCUAAAAGGCUACAACGCCAGUCUGCAGCUCUACACUAAAAACGGCUGCGCCUGCGCUCGCCUGUUUGUGAAGAAAACCUUCGCUGACUGGAAGGAGAUGUUUUAUUACUCGUGGGUAGGGUUCUACUCGGCAAACAGCGUCAACAACAAAAAGUACCAAAACUACCAGUGGGCACGGUCUUUCACUAAAGAGACUUCCUCAGAGGAGAUACCUGAGUAUGAUAUCUAUGUUUAUGAGUCCAGUAUGGCCAUUGCUCCAGGUGCCCAGGCCCGAUUCAUGCUGUCGACCUACAAUGAAUUAACACGUACAGUAGCCUGGGAAAGUCAACAC